AUGGCAAGAGGUGUGACCACAGUGCAAUCUCGCACGCAAGCCACUAAGGAUACCAUCUCAUUUCCUGUUUUAACCUAUUCCGAUGCCUUGCCACGAAACGAUCUUCGCUCUCUUGAAGGCUCACAGCAUCCAGCUCAACCUGCCAUGAUUGGACAGUGGGAUUUCAGCCAGCCCUCUACGGGAGAUGGGUGGUUCAGAAAGCCACCCCCGGCCGAAGGUGCAACUUUCGACUUUAGCAUAACCGCACCACCGGAUGAGGCCAUUCAAACCACCCGGUCAGGCCGUACCCAGACCGAAGAACACAUGAUAGGCAUUGCGCUGGGUAGUCCCGGUCUGUUGACCAAAGACGAGCCUCUACCACCACCUAGAUUUGAUACAUCCGUUUUUGCAGAACGAGAUUCAGCCCAUAAGCCAAGCAAGUGGAAGAAAAUUGGCGGAUUCUUCAAGGCGAAGAAUGCGCUUACAUCGCUUCCUGAUAGCGCACAAGAAAGCGAAGUCAAACCACAAAGCAACAACUAUAAACUACCAGAGAAACCGCAGAAAGCACGACUGAGAAAGAACUCGACGGAGGAGUGGCCGAAAAUUGAGAUCGAUCCCAGAAAUAUGCCUGGCCGAAGCAUUCAAGCUCCCCAGCGGAGUCGGACCCUUUCACUCGGCAACAAGCCACCAAAGGUUGAAGCAAGUACCCAACGCCUCUUACUGAGUGUCGACAUCCCAGAUGUUCAGAUGGAGCGUUACAGUGUCAUGUUCAGUGACGUCGUCAAUAAGAACCAAAAACCCUCACUGCUGGCCAGAAGGGCCAGGACAUUGGAAAAUCUUCGCGUGCCAGAUGCAAAUGGCUUCCUAAAAUCACCUACACCGCCCCCAAUGCCCCAACGCCGGGCAACUUCACCAGCGCAAUCAAGCUUCACCUUAUUUCCAUCUUCACAGCCUUCGAAAGCGGCCCAGGUACUCGGCACACAUAAUUUUUCCCGUGGACCGAACCCACUGGUUAGGGCAAACACACUCCCUGCCGAAAGCCCAUCGAAGAUGCCUGCGCCACAGAUCCAUCAUGGUUCAAAUAUGGGCAGUCUCUCAUCGUUCGAGUCACCGGUCAUUCCGAAGCUUUUCUCUGAACGUUCCAAUACCCCUCGGUCUUCUAAUAGCUAUGACAAGCCUCUUCCUGCCAUCAGGCCGGAGCCACAGAUUACAUCUUCUCCACUACAGAAAAGUGCUCAGCCAGAGAAGAAGACUCCAUCCCCGCAAAAGACCAGGCAACAACAGGGCGUCCAAUCGCACAAUAUUGUUGCAACAAAGCCGGUUGCUCAACCCCGGAUUCAUCCACAACCGAGAAAGGGUUCGCUGCCGCGACCCAUAAUAAAACAGCCUCAGGUUACUUCACCACAACAUAAGACCACACAGAAUCAGCCGAAUAAGACAUCGAGCCACCGCAGAACCAACGAUUCGGCACGCCCACAUCUCAGAGUUCAAACCGAAGGCCACUCACAAGCAUCAACAAAGGACAUGCUAUCCCCCAGUACAUCUCGAAGCUCACCUUCAGCACUGAACGCGACGCAGAGCAAGAUUGACCGAAUCAUGUCCCCAUCAUCAGCCUCAACUGGCCCUAGAUCCGCCGUAUCCCCAGCAGAUUCCACGCGCAUGCCAUUCGCCGAUGCCGUUGAGACCAUUGAGACCGCUGAAGAGGAGUUUGAAACAGAGCCUCGGCGUCCUACCCCAAGGAUUGAGGUCUCAACAGCACGCUCUGUCUCUGUCUCCCGGGCAAAGAGGCAGGUUCUGGUUCCCAUCGGCAUGAGAGUUGAUCAUUUGGAUCCAGAGGAGCGGGUUGUUCACAGAAGACCUAUGACACCGCAGAUUACAGAUGCUCACCGUGGGCACCGACCCGGUGUCUCACAGGAGUUGCAGAUAGAGUGUCUGUGA